AUGAACGAUGGAAUGAAAUGUCCUUUAAUGGGGCAUGUGGGGACAGAUCCAAAUUCACCACAGAAAAUUACUGUGAAAUGUUGUGAAGAUCUGAAGAAUUAUUCACGGCAUAUUGUCAAGUUGAUUGAAAAGCAGUCAUCACAGGAUAUAGAGAAUAAUCGAUUGCGGCUCAAAACCUCAAUAGAUAGUGUUACAUGGCUAGCAUUCCAAGCAUGUGCAUUUAGAGGUCAUGAUGAAAGCUCCGACUCAAAAAAUCAAGGUAACUUCAUUGAAUUGAUAAAGUUACUAGCAAUUUUUAAUGAUAAAGUUGAUGGAGUUGUGUUGACAAAUGCUCCAUGGAAUGCCAAAUAUACAUCACCCCAAAUUCAAAAAGAAAUUUUGCGUAUCUUUGCAACUAAAGUGCGAGAUGUGAUUCGUAAAGAAAUUGGGGAUGCUAAAUUUUGCAUUCUUGUUGACGAAGCUCGGGAUGAGUCAAAAAGGGAGCAAAUGGCAAUCAUUUUGAGAUUUGUUGAUAAAGAUGCAUAUAGAGAAGCAAAAUCUGUUCAUCAGCUCUUUGAGAAUUUGAAUUUUACUAUCAACAUUGUUGUUGGUUCUUCAAAACGCAAUGAUGAAUUCCAAUCUACUCAAGUUGCAGAGAUUGAAAGUAUUAGGUCCCAAAAACCUAGGAACAACACUCUUGCCACUAAAAAAGAUGAACCAGGUUUUGCAGAACAAGUCAAAAUGUUAAGUGAUCAAGUUAAUCUCAUUAGUGGGAAGAGCAUGAUAGGGAGUCUUCUGUAUCUUACAACCAGCAGAUCAGACAUUGCUUUCAGUGUGGGAGUUUGUGCUCGCUUUCAAGCAAAUCCGAAGGAAUCACAUCUCACUGCAGUCAAGCGUAUCAUCAGUUAUGUCAAUGAUACCCUUCUCUAUGCUUGGAUAAGCAAGAAACAAGCUUCUAUAUCCCUCUCCACUGCUGAGGCUAAGUAUAUUGCUGCUGGUAGCUGCUUGGAACUUCUUCGUCUUAGUGUCGCUUUAAGCCCUCUAGAUGCAUACAAAUCAUUUAAGAUCGAUGAUAUAUUCAGAUUAAUUGAGAAGUUCUAUCCUCAAGAUUUUACUGAGCAAGAGAAAGUCAUUUUGAGAUUUCAAUUGGAUCAUUAUAAGCUUGAUGUGCCAAAACAUUCAGAUUUUCAGAAUAUGUCCACUUUAUCUGAGUUGUGCAGAGGAUUAGCAAUUUCAGGAAAAUCGAAGAUUUAUAAUUUGAUUGACUGUUUGAUUCGUCUAGUGUUGACUCUCCAUGUUUCUACCGCUACUACUGAACGAGCCUUUUCUACCAUGAAACUUGUAAAAACUAGAUUAUGUAGUAGAAUGGAAGAUGAGUUUCUAGCAGAUAAUUUGUUAGUUUAUAUCGAGAAAGAAAUUGCUAAGGAUUUCACGAGAGAGAUGAUAAUGGAUGAAUUUUAUUCCAUAAAAGACCGGCGACGUUGA